AAUUCACAAUGGCUUGGAAUAACACUGCAAACUAAGCAUUAACCUACAGUCUUUAGUUUUUAGAACUAAGGAUCUUGGUGCUGAUUUUUAAAAAUGAAGAUGCUGGCUCAGAUUUUUUUUCCAGGAAAUUCCCGUUGAUGCUGGACCUCUCAUGGAUUUGGUAGAAAAUUGAGGCAAUUCCAAGCACCAACAUUGGGAGAUUUGCCAUCGGAAUCUAUAUCAGUGAUACUUGGAAAGUGAAGAAUAGUUCACCGCGUCUGUGCCCGAGUUGACUGGAGCACAGGGGCAAACGGGAACCCCUCCCGGGGCCGAGGUCAGGCCUAGCCGGAACCGACCCGCGACCCGCGACCCGGAAGCAUUCGCGGUGCGGAGGGAGAGCUUCGCCCGAAAUCCGUCUGCCGUGGCUGUGGAAAUGGAACAGGAGGAAUUGGGGACAGCACUGUUAGGAAGGAGUGCUUUUCUGCAUAUGAGUAAGAUGUUAACUCGGCAAACAGUGAUGUGUUGAAGAUCUCAUUUAGGUGCUUACAGGUGAAGUUACAACAUUUAAAGGAAUGGCUUCAGGUGAUAUGAUACCAGAAAAUUUGAAGCAUCAUCAGCAAAAGAGCAGGAAGCUUCCUAUUAGGUCCGUUGACCAGGAAGCUGAGGCAGACGGUGGUUUUCUGUUUGAAGCAGAUGAAGCUUGGAAGGAAUAUCACCAAGCUCUCUAUCACUUCUAUGAAGCCAAAGAACUAUGUGAUGUAACUCUGAAGGUCGGGCAUAAAUUAAUUCCAUGCCACAAAUUGGUGCUGGCUUGUGUGAUUCCAUACUUCAGAGCAAUGUUCCUUUCGGAAAUGGCUGAAGCCAAGCAGGACUUGAUAGAGAUUAAAGAUUUUGAUGGCAAUGCAAUGGAUGACCUUGUGAAAUUUGCUUAUUGCUCAAGGAUUCAACUGACUGUAGACAACGUACAACCUCUUUUGUACGCAGCAUGCAUUCUGCAGGUAGAGCUUGUGGCCAAGGCAUGCUGUGAGUACAUGAAAACCCAUUUUCACCCGUCAAACUGCCUGGCAGUCCGCUCAUUUGCUGAGAGUCACAACCGAGUUGACUUAAUGGGCAUGGCUGACAAGUAUGCUUGUGAACACUUUAAUGAAGUAGUAGAAAGUGAAGACUUUAUAAACGUUUCACCAAAGCACCUCAUUGCACUCCUUUCAUCUAGUGAUCUGAAUGUGGAAAAAGAAAAGCAAGUGUAUAAUGCUGCUAUGAAAUGGCUGCACUCAAAUCCACAACAUCACGCCAAGUGGUUGGACCAGGUCCUUGCUCAGGUCCGAUUACCGUUACUACCUGUUGAUUUUCUCAUGGGGGUUGUGGCUAAAGAAAGCAUAAUCAAACAGAACCUGAAGUGCAGGGACUUGUUGGAUGAAGCCAGAAACUAUCAUCUUCAGAUGAGUAACAAGCCAGUGCCGGAUUUUGAAUACUCCAUACGCACAACAUCAAGAAAAUAUACUGCCGGUGUCAUGUUCUGUGUCGGUGGCAGAGGAGGAGCUGGUGACCCGUUCCGCAGUAUUGAAUGUUACUCCAUUAGCAAAAACAGCUGGUUCUUUGCUCCCGAAAUGAAUAGUCGAAGGCGGCAUGUCGGAGUGAUAUCAGUGGAUGGGAAAAUCUAUGCUGUCGGAGGUCAUGAUGGAAAUGAGCAUUUAGGUAGCAUGGAAGUGUUUGAUCCAAUGACCAACAAAUGGAUGAUGAAGGCUUCUAUGAACACCAAGCGGAGGGGUAUUUCUCUGGCGUCCCUUGGAGGCCCAAUCUAUGCUAUAGGUGGUCUAGAUGACCAUACAUGUUUUAGUGAUGUUGAGCGCUACGACAUUGGCUCCGAUCUGUGGAGUACUGUGGCAGCAAUGAAUACACCAAGGGGUGGUGUUGGCUCAGUUGCACUUGGGAACUAUGUUUACGCUGUUGGUGGAAAUGAUGGAGUUGUAAGUUUAUCUAGUGUUGAGAGGUACGAUCCCUACCUGGACAAGUGGACAGAAAUUAAGGAUAUGGGACAAAGGAGAGCUGGAAAUGGAGUUGGUGAACUAAAUGGCUGCUUGUAUAUUGUUGGUGGGUUUGAUGAUAACUCACCACUCAGCUCUGUGGAAAGAUUUGAUCCUCGUAUGGACAAGUGGGAGUAUGUGGCUGAGUUGACGACGCCCCGUGGUGGAGUAGGGGUGGCAACCCUCAUGGGGAAAAUCUUUGCAGUUGGUGGCCACAAUGGCAACGUUUAUCUAAACACUGUGGAAGCCUACGAUCCGACGAUGAACAGGUGGGAAUUGGUUGGACCCAUUUCACACUGCAGGGCUGGGGCUGGAGUAGCUGUGUGCUCCUGCCUGGUGAACCAGAUCAGAGACAUUGGCCUGGGAUCCAGUAAUGUUGUUGACUGCAUGUGAUUUUUGCAAUCAAUCUGCAACACAGUCCAGUUUUCUGAAGAUUCUAACUUUACAGAGGAAAAAUUCCAUUCCAUGUAUCCAUUCAUUGUGGACUAAGAAAGAAGGCUGGAAAAUUGAUUAUAAGACUUUGGUAUAGUUUUUAUCUUAAUAUAUGCAGAUUUGAUUUCUUAGAACUGAUUGAAGUGGAUGUGUUUUGCAUUGUAUUCAAUAGUUUUGCAAAUUAAAUGUAUGCUGCUCUUCUAGCACCACCCUGCCGUUUCCAGCUGGCAUGCAGCUCCUUUAGAAUCUCGGAAGAUGGCAGUGAAUGCAUAUUCCUCUCUUUCUGAAAUGAACUUAACGAAUCAAUCAUUGGCUGACCAGUGCACAAGAAACUUUAAUCAUAAAUUUGGUGGUGGAGCUAAUUCUUUGUAGUGCAGGUGCUGAAGAAGACAAAGUGCAUUGUGACUGUUUAAAAUAUGACCAGGGAGAAGCUAAAACUUUGUAAAUUUUACUUCACAAAGAAAAAAAUGAAUUUGUCUUAGUUUCUGUUUGAAUGAAACAUUAAAAAAUGCUUAUAGCCUCUUCUGCCCUUUGUCUGUCAGUGGGUCCUACUGCUUCCUUUCCCUGUCUUGCCACUCCCACCCCCCACCUGCCCCAUUAAUUCAAGGUCCCAAAAGACCUUUAAAAACUUGGUUUAG